CAGAGAACCGCGACGGCAAGAAAGAAGCAUGUUAGCAACGUAAACGGGAUAAACAAAAGAAAAUAGUAUCAAGGUUUUUCAAAAUGAUGGACUCGUGUUUAAAUAACAAGUCUGAGAAUGUUGGCUCUAUAACGGUUGAAGACCUCCGGAAAGAUCUCUUCGCCGAGUUCUCCAAAUUAUCAAGGGACUCGGUAUUGCUGGAAAAAGAGAAUUUGCAGGUCUAUCUCCGUGUACGUCCAUUCACUACUGCAGAGAGAGCAGACGGAGAAUCACAGGAGUGCAUUUCAAUUGAGCCUCCAGAUACUGUGAUUCUGAAAGCACCUAGAGCAUCUCUGACAGCCAGACACAGUGAGAGAUUUGGCCCACAGCUGGUGCAACGAUUUCAGUUCUCUCAGGUGUUCGGUCCAGAAACAACACAAAGACAGAUAUUUGAUGGAACAACUAAAAGCCUCGUGAAAGAAGUCUUGGAGGGGGGGAAUUCCUUGAUCUUUACAUAUGGAGUUACCAAUGCUGGGAAGACAUUUACCUUUCUUGGCCCUGAGUCAGAUGGUGGAAUUCUGCCCAGGUCAUUGAAUGUUAUCUUUAACAGCAUAGAAGGUAGAAUUUAUUCUCAAAAUAACAUCAAACCUCUCAGAUGUGUUGACUUUACAAGACUCACUAAAGAGCAGCAGGAUGAGGAUGCUACAAAUAAGAGAAACCUUCUUCGGCGAUUUAAAGAUAAUGACUCCCAGAAAACUCUGUCCAGCAUGUCCAGCUCUAGUUGUUCAUCUUUUGAAAGCUCCACUUCUAGUGACACAAAUGGGGACAGUGUCUGUUUGGAUGAGACCUCUCAUGUCAAAUUCUCAGUGUGGGUCUCCUUUUGUGAAAUCUACAAUGAAAGCAUCCAUGACCUGCUUGAUCUUGUUUCAAAUGGGUCUCACAGAAGGAGCGUUUUGCGAUUAGCCCAAGAUGUUAAAGGCAACGCUUUUGUCAAAGAUCUAAAAUGGUUUCAAGUUAACAGUGCAGAAGAAGCAUUAAAAGUAAUGAAAAUUGGAAGAAAAAAUCAAAGUUUCUCAUCCACCAAGCUCAACAACAUCUCAAGCAGAAGCCACAGUAUAUUUUCCAUUCGAAUCUUGCGGGUUGAAGAUGUGGGUGUUCCUCGAAUUCAGGCAAUAAGCGAAUUGUCAUUAUGUGAUUUGGCUGGAUCUGAGCGAUGUGCAAAGACUCAGAACCGAGGUGACCGCUUAAAAGAAGCUGGAAACAUCAACACUUCCUUGUUAACUCUUGGAAAAUGCAUCAACGCUUUGAGGCUCAACCAAACGCAAUCCAAGUUUCAUCAGCAUGUCCCCUUUAGAGAGAGCAAGCUCACACAUUAUUUGCAGGGUUUUUUCUGUGGCCGUGGAAAAGCCUGCAUGCUCAUCAAUAUAAAUCAGAGUGCCUCGAUGUACGAUGAAACCCUGAACGUCCUCAAGUUCUCAGCGGUGGCUCAGAAGGUAGUGGUCCUCAACCCUAAACCAGCUCCUAGCAUUGUGCUCAAGAGAUCUGCCAGAGAUGUGUCCAUGAUAAUCAAUAAUGCAGACAAGAAGGAUUGGACCAGGAGAAGUUCACUCAUGGGCUGGGAGAUGAGUCUAGAGGAUGUGCAAGAGGAUGAAGAUGAUGAAGAUAUUGGUGAGGAAGAUGUGGAGAGUGGCGAUGAGAGCAUGGAGGACAACACUGUGCUAGAGACUACGCAAAAUCAAGAGCUGUGUGAGCUUCAGGUAACAAUUAAAGAGCUCAAAGAGAAGUUGUCCAAAGAGGAGUCUGAAAAAUUAACUAUGGAAUCUCGUAUUCGUGAAGAAGUUACUACAGAGUUUAUGGAGCUGUUUUCUAAUAUGGAAAAAGACUACAAUGAACGUCUCCAAAGAGAGAAGGAACUAGUUGAGGAAAGAGCAGAAAGGAGAUUGGAGAUACUGAAGAAUCUGGUGAACAGAACAGUUGAGGAAAUGGACGCUGUUAACACUGAUGAGAAUGCAGCAAAGGAUGCUAAGAUUGAGCUUUUGGACAGCCUGAUUGAAGUUAUGCGAGGUGAUCUAGCUAAGAUAAAGGGAGAUGCAGAAGCAGUACACAUGUGCCUGACGAAUGUCCCUGAAUCACCUGGAACAGUCAGUCGUCUGAGGACACAGCUGGAGGAGAUGAAAGAGGAGCUUCUCAAAAGCCAACAACUUCUCAGUCUUAAAACAAAAGAGUUUGAAGCAAUGUGUGUUCAGGCACAAAAAUCAAAUGAUCAGCUUCUCCAAGCAAAUGGGAAUUACGAGAACCAGAAAGUGAGAUGUCAGGAACUCAUGUCAAUCUGCCAGGAGAAAGAUGACAUGGUCUCUGUAUUACAGACUGCUUUGGACCAAAAUGUGGAGGCAGCCACUAAAGAUAGGGCCUUAAUUAACAACAUCAAAGAAGAAAUCCUACAUUUUAGAAACAACUGCAAGUGUUUGCUGAAUGAAGACUCCGACCCUCGAGGGGAAGAAAUGACAAGUCAAGAAUCUCAACAUCUGCAAGAACUGAAAAUGAAAGAUGACCUGCUGAAUGAACUUACACUUGAGAAAUGUUCACUUGAAAAAACAGUGUGUGAUCUCACUGAUAGACUGGCAGAGCUGACGCAUGCACAUGAAGCCACUGUGGCGAUGGAGAGAGCAGAGGUCAACAAAGUCACAAAUGAGAACAAGGCUGUUGCCAAUGAGUUACAUGUACUUCAGCAGUCAGCCAAUGAGAUGAGCUCAAAGCUCAAAACUCUCCAGAUGGAAUUGAGCACUCAGACAAAUAUGGCCAGUGACCUUUCAGAAAAGCUUGACACAGCCAGAGCUCUGAUUAAGGAACAUCAAGCUGAGUUUUGCUGUCAGUCCAAAACCAUUGAAUCCUUAAUGACAGAGACAGGUAAUUUGCAUCAGGAACUCAGUGCCUGCCAGCUCUCACGUGACAAAAAAGAAGAUGAAUGCAUGAGGAUGGUGGAAUUAUCUCAUGAGAACAGCAGACAGAUCAAUGCCUUGGAGCAGGAGGUCAGUCAGACCAAAGCGAACGUGUGCCAGCUGAAAGAGCUCUGCAAUCAGCUUAAAAAUGAGCGAGAUGCCCAGGCACAGGAAUAUCAGAGCCUACUGAGCCGAUAUGAAGCUCAAAAGUUGAUCAUGGCCCAAAAAAGAAGCAACUCUGAGCUGCUGAAAGAGCUAACCACUCUGAAACAUCAGAAACUGAGGAUGGAUGACCAAGAGCAAGACUCCAGAGAUGAUUGCUGGAAAACUCUGCAGGACAAACUCAUGCAAAUGCUGAGAAAACUGAACCAACAUGAGGAUGUUCUGAACGUAGUGAGAGCAAUUGUAGAGAAUGAGAUAACUAAGGCAAGAGAUGAGGCCAAGAGAAGAUUAGAUGCGAUGGAGAAAGAUCUGUCUCAUAAAGAUGCAGAACUAGAGACCAAAACUAAAGAUCUUUUGAAGUCGAGAGAACUUGUGACCGAUGGACUUAAUAAAAUCAAGACCAUGAGUUGCAAUUUGCAGCAGGUGGAGAAGGAGCGAUCUGAUGUCAGUGAUCAGUUAUGUAAGGCUAACUUGCAGAAGGAGCAGUUAGAGAAACAGAUUUUAAUCUUGAGUGAAGAAAACAAAAUGUUUCUGCAGAAACUAUGUGAAGCGGAGGAGAUGAGGGAUCAGGCUGGACACAGUUUGAGCUGCACAGAGCAAACUAUUGAUCCACUGCAAACUGUGCAGUCAAACCAUGCAAUAGAAGAAGGAAACACACUGCCUUUCAAAACAACCUGCCGUGAUCUUUUGGCAGAGCAGAAACAGAUUGAGGAGACAUGUGUUAACUCAAAUAAAGAUUGCACACAGACAGAUGAGGGGGAAUUGCUGGAGGCCAGGCUGAAUGAGAUUGAAUCCAUAACUGAAGAUCAUGCUAAACUGCAGGAAAUGUAUCAGAAACCAAGUGUGUGUCUCUCUCAUAAACCCCAGCAAGAGGAACGGAGAGCCUGCAGACCUGCAGAAAGCACAAAGCUUCAGCUGGCUGAAAAGCAAGAUACCAUUGUAAAAUUACAAAGGGAAAAGGGGGAUUUUGCUGCUACUUUUAAAUCUGGUUCCCAGAAAAUUGACAGACCCAAACAGACUUCAAACGUGAAGACAAAGAAUGAAGGCGAUUCAUUUAGUCCAACACAAGAGCAGGUUGCAGUACAAGACUCCUCUGUCCUUUCCACAAAGAGUCUCAGAGAUGAACGCUUCCCGAAGCCUGAGCUAGAAAUCAGCUAUACACCUCUUAAACCUGACCGAAUGAAUGUCAGGAAACCGGGAGAAGAAGAGUCUGUCACAAUCAAACUCCGACGUACAGCCAGAAAGAGAAAGAGCCCAGACAUGCAGAACUCGGUAGAGUCAGAAAAUCGGAAAAACCGACGGCUAAAGGUUAAAAACUGGGAUGACAUGCAGUCUGUUGAGACUCCCACUGUGCAAGGAAAAAAGGUGAGUCAAUUAAAGCAGAAAGACUCUCCUGCCAGCCUGAAAGGUAAAAAGGAUGGAGCCCUCCAAAAGAUUGGUGACUUCAUCCAGAGCUCUCCAACCCUCUUUGGAAGCAAAGCCAAGAAGAUCAUGAGCAUGGUGAAUGUUAAGUCUCCUGAACUGCCAAAUGCUUCUGAAAACAACAAACCCAAGAGAUCCAAACGAAAGCUCUUCAAGACUCAGGUUUCCUCUCCGCUGGACAUCCUCACUCAUCCUGUCAAUGGAAGCUGUGAAGAUGAUAAAGAGAGUGAUCAUCUCAUAAUCAAGAGAAAACUCAGAACAAGAACUGCCAAGAGAUGACACAAACAUACAAUUUGAUGGUGUAAUUUCAGUUAGUUUGCUUUUUCUUUUUUUCUUCAAAUUGUCAUAUUUUGUUUGUUUAAUACGUAAAUGUUGUUGAAUAAUUCAUAAUUGUUUUAUUAACACUGGGCAUGUUUGUAAAUAUUUUAUUUUUAUUUUAUUUUUUUUAAUUUAGCCUUCGAUUUCUUGUGGUAAUUAGACAAAAUAUGGCCAAAAAUGCUGU